AUGCCAGGACUUAUCAACCAAAACAACGGCAGCAACUUGCCUUUAACUUCAUCCGAAGUUACAUCAUGUAUGAUGGGCUACACACUGGGCAUAUCAGCCUCCUUAACAUACGCCAACCCAGAGGAUCAUCCAAUUGAAGGGCUUUUCAUUUACCCUUUGGGCGAACACACAGCUGUGGUUGGAUUUGAAGCUUUCGUUUCUGGACGUAUUAUAACAGUGCAAAUCAAGGACAAAGCCAAACUUGAUGACUAUUAUUUCGACUGCUGCGGUGUUUCAAAUGGAGUGUUCCAGCACGGCAGUGGGCAUCUAACGCUGGACGAGGACCUGGAGAGGACAAUGUUCGUGGUAAGCCUCGGCGUGAUUCCAGCCCUUGAGAUUGUUUCUGUGGUGCUCAGCACCUCGUCCGAACUCCAGACCCUCCCCAGUGGGGCAGUCAGGGUCUUGCUGUCCUCAGUCUACACCCCCAGGGUGCUUCAACCUGAUCCUGACGUGCAAAGUUCAGCUGAAAACCAGUUCAGGAGCAAAGACAGACACCGGUGUGAUUGCAGCCCUCGCAACCCAGCGCAGAGCGGCAACCGCUUGUGCUUGGCAAGAUGCUUGGAUGAGGAAGUCACCAACCCCAGCGUGUACGAGUUCAGUUUCCAGCUCGAGAUCCGAGGGCCCUGCUUACUAGCAGGUGUGGAAAGCCCAACCCACUCGAUCCGGGUCGACGCGGACCCCAAAGCGUUCUGUGCCUCCAGCGUCGUCGUCACAUUAGCCAAGAAACAUACGUGCGACAGACCCGUGGAGAUCGUCAUCCACCCCAGCGAGCCACACUUGCCGCACAUCCUAAUGGAAGGAGGCGAUAUGUCACCAGAUGAAUACGAGCAGCAUUUGAAAGGAAAGAGCGAUUUCAUCAAAGGAAGCAAAAAGGAUCCCAGCUCGGAGAAAAAGACAGAGAUCAUCAGAAAGCGGCUGAACAAGGACAUCCCUCACAACCCAGUGGUCAUGCUAAACUUCUGCCCCAACCUGAAGGCCGUUCAGCCCGACCUGAGGCGGACUCAGGGCGAGUUCAUCUUCCUGAUCGAUCGGAGCGGGAGCAUGAGCGGAGUCAACAUCGGCCGCGUCAAGGACGCAAUGAUUGUGGUCUUGAAGAGUCUUGUGCCUUCCUGUCUCUUCAAUAUCAUUGGAUUCGGAUCCACUUUCCGGACCCUGUUCCCGGCCAGCAGACCCUACAAUGAAGACACGCUGGCCCUGGCCUGUGAGCACGUUAAGAAGAUGCGAGCCGACAUGGGAGGCACCAACAUCUCGGCACCUUUGAGUUGGAUCCUCCGCCAGCCGGCCUACAGAGGACAUCCUUUACUCCUCUUCCUUCUGACUGACGGGGCUGUGAACAACACGGGGAAAGUGAUUGAGAGCGUCCGAGCCCACGCUCAUUCGACCAGGUGCUUUAGCUUUGGAAUCGGACAGAAUGCGUGCAGACGGUUGGUUCUGGGACUUGCGUCCGUUUCCAAAGGAGCCGCGGAAUUUCUUGGAGACGGUGAAAGACUCCAACCAAAGAUGGUGACGUCCCUCAAGAAGGCGAUGAUGCCCGUUCUCAGCGACGUCACAAUCGAAUGGCUCUUCCCCGAAACAACCGAGGUCCUCCUUUCCCCUGUGGGGCCGAGCACGCUGUUCCCCGGGGACAGGCUGGUGGGGUAUAGCGUGAUCUGUGACACGUCCAGGUAUCACUCCAACCCCAGAUCAGAAAAACGUCGGAGAUACAGCAUGAUGUGGUCCCAGGAUUCCAGCGGUUCAGUCUUUUACCACUCGCUGGAGGAGGAAUCGGACCGGGGUUUCGAGCUCGCGAGUUGUUCCCGGGAUUCGGCCGUGGAUCCCGGGAGAGAAGUGUCGCGGGAAGUGACUCUGGAAGAGCAGGAAUGCGAAGCGGAAAGAGACUUGGGCAUCAAGCCAAAGACGUCUCCCAGAAGGAGAGCGUAUAGCGCCAAUCAACUGGCUGAACAGGGCAACUUUAAGCGGUACUUUACCUCCAGUGACCCGUCCUCAGCCCUGAGUAAGAACCCUCUGAGGAGAGCAAGAGCCCAGCAGCUGGUGAGUCAACGGAGCCCGGAAGCUGCCUCGCUGGGUCAGGGAGACUGGCAGCUCCACACAAAGCUUGCAAGGUCCAAGCUGAUUGAUGGUAGGCGACCAUCUCUGCUGCACCAAAACUGCGUAUCUACCAGCCAGGACCUGGACUCGCCCCUGGGACAGACCAGCCUGCACCACACUGCCACCCCAGGGGUCACGGAUCACGGUGACUCCACAACCACUUUCAGGUCAUCCACGGAGAGCACCUCCGCCAGCAGCUGCUCAGAACCCGGGAAAUAUCACGUAUUCUCGCCAACUCUGAAGGCCAAGUCACCGCAAGGAGUCAGGGACUCGGGGCCUCACCACAGCAAGCCUGACUGCAAGGCCGUGAUCAGCGGUCUGCUGUCUGGGGAAGUCCUUCGGUGGGAAGUGACCUUUGAUCUCGGAUCUCUACUUGACCACGGAAAGGUUCAGGGCGGGUUCCAGGAGGACCCGUGGAACGAAACCGUCCAUCACCUGGCUGCCAAGUCCGUCAUCCGAGACUUUGAGCAAAUGGCUGAAAAAGAGUGUGAGAUAGAACACGGGUCUGGCAGACGAUACCAAUUGAACGUCCUUCACACCAGUAAGGCCUGCAACAUUAUCAGCAAGUACAGAGCCUUUGUGCCUGUUUAUCUGGAGAACAAUGAAUACCUGCCAAACAAUAUUGAGUACUCAAACUCAGCGCCUGGGUCAAAGUCCAGCAACCAGAGGAGCUCCCACACAGGGAGCCAGAAACACCGCACUUACAGCGUGGGCCUGGGCAGGUCGCAGUCCGGAUACGGCUCUGAUGGGGGUGACGAUGGGUUCGCCGUGAUGAGUAAGGAGAGCAGCCUGUCUCCCUGCAGCGCUCCAACCUCCUCCGGGUGGGAGAGGUGCAGCUUUACUGAAGCACCGCAGAGAAGUCUCUCUGUCUCGUCCCAGAGGUCCAUCGAAAGCUUAUUCACAGCAAGGUUGAGCCUAAGCAAGGCUCGGAUGCUCACACGAGCUGCCAAGGGCUUCAUGAGCCGAUCGCCUAGUAAAGCAAGCGACUCCAUCUGCAAAACCGAGAACGAGAAUAAUGACUACCUUCCCCUCAUCACUUUACAAUUGGCAUCGGGAGCCUUUCUGCUCGACGAGCCGUUCUGUGAGGCCGUCAGCAUCCCCAUGGAGAAGCUGAGGUGGAGCUCCCCUUUCCCCAGCCACCGAGCCACCGCCAGCCCCACCGUCCAUAGCUGCUGCUCCCCUGCGCGAGACCGGACGGGGCUGGGGGAGAGGGGGGCCAUGAGGGGGCAAGAGACCGGGGAUGGAGAAAGCCUCACCGAUGGGAGUGCGGAGAGGCUGAACCUCUGGGCCGGCUUCGACGGCCAGGCCAGCGAGCAGCUGGGGGAGCAGGCGAGAGGGGUCGGGCCUGGCCGGCCGCCGGACCUCCUCACCGAGAAAGCCCAGGCUUCCAGCCCCUCGCAGGCUGACAGUGGGAGAGGAUCCGAGACGGACUGCAGCGAGGCUCUCUGCUUGCCGAGCGGGGGCAACGGGGGGACGGACCCCGGGGGGACUCUGUGGGCCACGGCGGUGGCCUUGGCCUGGCUGGAGCACAGCUCGGCCACGUCGUUCAUCGAGUGGGAGCUGGUGGCCGCCAAAGCAAGCACUUGGCUGAACUCCCAGCCCAUCCCCGAGGGCAGAGACCUCCCCACCAUCAAGGCUUCGGCCAGACAACUCUUCGUGUUGCUGAGACACUGGGACGAGAACCUUCAGCUGAACGUGUUGUGUUACAACCCCAACAGCGUCUAA